AUGGUAUUUGGUAGUUGGGAUGAGGUUGAUAGUUAUUUUUGGAGUUAUGCUAGGCAAAAGGGGUUUGGUAUAGUGAGGGCUGGUGCUGGGUUUUCCAAGGUGAAGAGUGAUUUGGGGGAUGAAACGUAUUGUAAGCAGAAAAGGAAUGCUAAGUGGACUUGCGACUGCUAUGGAAGAUCCUCCAGGAAGCUUAAAGUGGAUGUACUUAAGGAAGGAUUGUUGCAAGAUGAGGAAACAGUUGUGAAACGGAAGACGAAAAAGUGUGGGUGUGAGGUCGAGUUGUAUGCUAGUGUUGAUGAGGAAGGGAAUUGGGUUGUUUGUAGGUUACACUUGGAGCACAAAGGUCACUUAGUUACAUCGAGAAAGGCAAAGGAUAUAACAAUGUUCAGGAAACAUGAGUUUGUGUCUAAAAAUGGACACUUGGUGAACCGGGUGUGUAAUGCAAAGAAGUCUAGGGUAAAGGUAUCGCAGAUGUAUAAUUGUUUUGCGAGGGAGAAGAAAGGAAUGGAUGAGAUGUCAUUUACACAGAAAGACUUGGAGAAUGCAGCGGAUGAGAAACAAAGACUGAAGCUAACUGAGGGUGAUGCGAAUGGAAUGAUUGAGUACUUCAACAAAAUGAGUUCAGACAAUUAA